ACGGUGGACAUUCUGCCUCCGGCUGGCUUAUUCCACCCCGUCUUACCUGUACGCUGUGGCCAAAAGCUCACCUUUCCUCUCUGCCGUGCCUGUGUCCAGGCGGAACAAGCCCAACCCAUGUUGACCCGAACCCAGUAUUGCCCUCAUUCGGACGCGGAUCGCACGUUACGUGGGACCUGGUGCACGCCCGAACCGGUCAAAGCUGUGGAAAAGGGGUACACCUUGAUCAAGAUCCAUGAAGUCUGGCAUUUUCCCCCUGAGCAACGUCAAACGGGUCUUUUCGCUGAUUACGUCAAUACUUGGCUCAAACUCAAACAAGAAUCCGCGGGGUGGCCCAGCUGGUGUCAGACCCUCGAGCAGAAACGAGAGUACAUUCUUCGUUACCAGGAACGGGAGGGGAUCCGACUGGACAUUGCCAGCAUUGCCAAAAAUCCCGGUCGCAAGGCCACGGCCAAACUGAUGUUGAACAGUUUCUGGGGCAAGUUUGGGGAGCGGAUCAACAAACCCACCACCGUCACUGUCAAGGACCCCGCCCAUUUGUUCAGCCUGAUCUCCGACGCGGCUCUCGAUCUCAGUACGCUCCGUCUCUGUACCGACGACAUUUUGGAGGCCGUUUACACCAGUGUCCAAGACAAUGCUGUCAAAGGCACCAAGACCAAUAUCUUUGUGGCGGCGUUCACCACGUGCCAUGCUCGACUCAAGCUCUACGAGUCCCUGGACACCCUUCAACAGCAAGUCCUCUACUACGAUACAGACAGUGUGAUUUACCGAUGGCGUCCGGGUCAACCCAGCAUUGCCACUGGGGAUUUUCUGGGGGACAUGGCAGAUGAAUUGGACGGAGACGUCAUCACCGAGUUUGUUUCGGGGGGCGCCAAGAAUUAUGGGUACACGACCCGUGGAGGUAAAGUGGUGUGCAAGGUCCGCGGUUUCACCCUGAAUGUUUGGGGGUCCGCCAUUCUUAAUUUUCACACCAUGAAAGAGAACAUUCUCUCGGAACUAGACUCGCCUCAGGACUCUCGCCGAAAUUUGAACAUUGUCACUCCUUAUCAUUUCACACGGGAUCUAGAGAAGAAACAAAUUCAAGUGGUUCCGCGCGUAAAGCAGUAUGGGUUGGUGUUUGACAAGCGC